GAGCAUUUCCUUUCCAAAAUGGUAAAAAUGAUAGGGUUCAUGAUCUGGAGUCUUUUAGCCUCCUCAAUGCCCAAACAGGGUCAACUUCAACUGGGAUUUUACUCCGAUAGCUGCCCCAACGCUGAGAAGAUUGUGCAGGAUUUUGUCAACGAAGAAAUCCACAAUGCCACAUCCCUAGCAGCAGCGCUCUUAAGAAUGCACUUCCAUGACUGCUUCGUUCGGGGUUGUGAUGCAUCCAUACUCCUGAACUCAACUUCGGCUGGGCAAGCAGUAGAAAGGGAGGCCUUUCCAAAUUUAUCUGUUAGAGGGUAUGACUUCAUUGACAGAGUAAAGAGUUUAUUGGAAGCAGAAUGCCCUGGUAUUGUCUCCUGCGCAGAUACCAUUGCUUUGGUUGCGAGAGAUGCCAUUGUUGCCAUAGGAGGUCCAUUCUGGAGAGUUCCAACCGGACGCAGAGAUGGCUUGAUCUCCGUACAGUCAGAUGCUAUUACCGAGCUCCCAUCUCCAUUCGACAAUUUCACCGCUCUUGAAACUCGAUUUGCUCGCAAAGGACUAGAUAUAAAAGACUUGGUCUUAUUAUCGGGUGCUCAUACCAUCGGCAUAGCCCAUUGCUCAGCAUUUGCGGACCGCAGACUGCUCAAUUUUAGUGGUGUGCUGGGCGCGGUGGAUCCAAGCAUGGAUAGUGAAUAUGCGGCAAAUCUGAAGGCAAACAAGUGCAAAACUUUCAAUGAUACUACCAUUGUUGAGAUGAACCCUGGAAGUCGAAAGACGUUUGAUCUAAACUACUAUUCUCUUUUACUCAAGAGGCAAGGCCUUUUUGGUUCCGACCAAGCUCUAACUACUAAUGCUACUUCGUUGGCUAUUAUCAACCAACUGCUUCAGGGAUCACUUGAAAAUUUCUUCAGGGAAUUUGGGUUGUCCAUGGAGAAAAUGGGGCAGAUCGAGGUUAUGACAGGAACCCAAGGGGAGGUUAGGAAGCAUUGUGCCCGAGUGAAUAGUUAAGACUAAACACAGAACUUACUCUUCACCUUGUUGUCUUGUAAGUUUUACAAUGUUCUUGUACUUUUUAUGGCAUUUGUGGUGUGUUCUUCUUUUUCAGUUCAAUUCAAGUUGAUGUAGGCGUUCUCCAUUGUGCCUUGGUUAAAGGCUCCCCAAAUAAGACAGAGCCUACCUAAUGUUGAGG